UCCUACUCUCCCCUGAUUACUUUCACUCCACUCUCCGCCGCGCCUCCACUUGUCCCCUUCAGUCCGCUCGCCGCCACCCUUCCACUAAGCUCCAUUCCGGCCAUGGCCGACUUCGUCGAGAAAAUCAUGGGCUGGCUCCCUGGCGGUGGAAAUGCCGUGGCAAGUGCCACCUCCCUCACCCCCGUCGUUGAGUACGACGGCGAGGACCGCAUCAGCGUCCUCCCCGACGACCUCCUCCGCAACAUCGUCUCCCGCCUCCCCGUCAAGGACGCCGCCCGAACCGCCGCCCUCGCCUCCAGGUGGCGCCACCUCUGGCGCUCCACCCCGCUCAUCCUCAGCGACGCCGACCUGUCCCCCUCUGCGGUCGCUCGCGUCCUCGCAGACCACCCGGGCCCUUUCCGCGUCGCCCACAUCGCCCGCUGCAGGUUCGCAUCCCGCGGGCGUGAGCUCGCGGAGUGGCUGGGCCUCCUCGCCGCCAAGGGCAUCCAGGACCUCGUCCUCGUCAACGACGAGGAGCUCCCCACCGACAUCCUCCGCUGCGCCUCACUCCAGCGCCUCUUCCUGGGAUUCUUUACGUUCCCGGACACCUCUGAUCUCUCCCUCCGUGCUGACGUGCUGCCUCGCAUUCAGGAGCUCGGCAUGUCCGCUUGCAGCAUCAGCGAAUGGGACCUGCUCUACAUGCUCGAUUGCAGCCCGGUUCUGGAGAAGCUCACGUUCGUAUUCAGCGGUACGCCCGAUGCCUUCCACCUCCGCUGCAAGAGCCUCAGGUGCGUGGUCCUCUGGUGUUUUGCGGCAUUCAUAGUCGAUGUGACGGACGCCCUGCUCCUGGAGCGGCUCUUCCUGCUGGAAGCGCCCCGCAGAGGUGACGACUGGAGUAUUGUGAUGAUCAAGAUUGCUUGUGUGUCCAACCUGCGGGCACUCGGCUUCUUGGAGCCAAGAUUUCACCGGCUGAAGAUCGGCGACAAUGACAUCAAUCCUGGCACAGUGUGCCGAGCCCAAGUACAGUGGUUCCAAGCGUCAAGAUAUUGGCUUUGAAGGUUAAUUUUGGUGUUUUAAGGGAUGUCAAGAUGAUGGUGGCCUACCUCGGAUGUUUUCCCAACAUUGACACGCUGCACGUCGAGUCUAUAACUGAACGCACUGGAAAAAACCAUGCCAAGUUCUGGCAGGAGCUCCCUACUGUUGAAUGCAUCAAGUCGCACGUCAAGAAGAUGGUUUUCCAUAAAUAUAGAGGGAAACGAAGUGAGCUUGAAUUCCUUAAGUUCAUUUCCAGGAAAGCGCAAGAGCUACAGACAUUGUAUGUUCUGCUAAACAGACAGAGUCUUACUUCGGUGGCCAAGCAGACAGAGAUGACAGGCAAAUUGGUGGCUCUCUCGGAGGUAGCAUGGAGCUGCGAUUGCAAGAUAAUGGUGCUAGGCCCUGAAUUUCAGAGUAAAUGGAGCAUCCAGAAAGCAUCUGAUCUUACUGUCGACGACCCUUUUCACUACUGAAUCGAGGCUGGCUAUACAUUUGCUUGCUCCAAAGAUUUUUUCUUUUUCUGCAGAGAAUGAUUUACUGUUCUACAUAUGCAAGGGCACUGUUUAGUUUGUUGGCAAGUAUGUCUAUUCUUGACAAAGAACAUGAAGAUUUCAACUAGAGCAUGAGUGUCUGAAAGUGUUGAAGCUAGCUGUACUAUGCUUCAUUCAGAGUGUACUAGUAACUGCUAUCUACUCUGUUUGUUCCUGAUGUAAAAGACCAGUCUGAUCCUCCUUCCGAACAUGUUUUGUUAAUUUUAUUUUCCCCUGUUU